CAUCCUUUCAUAUUGUCGCGACUCCUCUGCACCUUUCCCGGUUGCACACCAUGGCCCUCACCAUGCGUCGCGCGACUGUCGCCCGCCCGGCUGUGUCAAGCCGCACUCGCACCGUCACAGUCCAGGCUUCUGCUUCCAAGCACAUGGGCGCUGGCGUAGCUGCUGUGGCUCUGGCCGCGACCAUGUCACUUGCGGGCCCCGCCCUGGCCGAUCUGAACGCUUACGAGGCCGCCACAGGUGGCGAGUUCGGCAUCGGCUCUGCCAUGCAGUACGGCGAGGCGGACAUCCAGGGCAGGGACUUCUCCAACCAGGACCUGCGCCGCUCCAACUUCACCUCCGCCGACUGCCGCAACGCCACCUUCAAGGGCUCCAACCUGCAGGGCGCCUACUUCAUCAAGGCCGUCACCUACCGCACCAACUUUGAGGAUGCCAACCUGUCUGACGUGCUGAUGGACCGCGCCACAAUGGUGGAGGCCAACCUGAAGAACGCCAUCCUUCAGCGCACCGUGUUCACGCGCUCCGACCUCAAGGACGCCGUCAUCGAGGGCGCCGACUUCACCAACGCCCUGCUGGACAAGACGCAGGUCAUGGCCCUGUGCAAGUACGCUUCCGGCACGAACCCGGUCACCGGCGCUGACACCCGCAAGUCGCUGGGCUGCGGCGGCAAGCGCCGGUACCAGGCGUCCUACCCGUCCAACCCUGACGGCCCCCAGGUGCAAGAGGACGAGAAGGAGGCUUUCCGCAAGACCCUGCCUGUGUACCGCAACUAGAGCAGCUGCGGAGCACCAGGCUGUUUGUCUGACAGCGCUUCUCGCGAACUACAGCUGGAGCUUGGCGCCACUGCUGCGUCAGUGGCGCCGACAGCAGGCGUCUGUUGCGCGCAGCUGCUGGGCUUCGCUGGGUUCUUCGGGGCCUCUCGUACAGGCAUGGUGUGAGCUUUGUAAUGGUAAGCUCAAGCAUGACUGCAUGGGCGUUGAUUGACUGCCAGGUGGCAUGCGGUUAAGGCUCCGAUGGGGCCGUGCUCAUGUUGCAUGCAGCAGAGCGCCUGUGCAAUGAAGAACUUGGUGAUAUGAGAACCGACUGUUUGGGUUCUGACUGGUUGUAUAACAUUCAUAGUGCAGGCUCAGGUGAGCCCGCUAGUUGACAGAGCAUAUGCUUGGUGCCAUGGCUAAGGUUGCGCGCCCUUUCUUGCCAGAGCUCGGUGGACAAGGUCGUAGUAUUGUUGAACGCCUUGAAAUUUUUUGGUUUAGUCAGGAACUGCACGGCGCAAACGAAAGGGGAGCACUGAUUGCAACGCCAAUGAAGGGGGGGCGGGGAGCUGCGUGUGGCAGCAAUACACGGCCUGGAAGCGACUUUCCCAAUGCGUGUUCUGGGGAUGUCUUUGCGUUCUGGGCCAGCAACCCGGCAACCUGUGGUUUGAGGACCCAAAUCUUGGUUACGGUCUCCUGUAACAUGUAAAAUGAAACCUUU